CCCGGUGGCGGCCCAGGCUCUGCUCAGGCCUCACUCUGAUCUCUGACAUGCUGGACAUGCUGCUCUGGCCCUUCCCAGGCUCCGCAGAUCAUUGAACUUACCUGCCUCUGAGGAUCCUUGCGAUUUAAUUCGACCCAGGCUUUGCUCCUCUGUAGUCGCUCUCCUAGCCACCGAUGUCAGUCCCCAGAGUAACCUGCUUUUCUCCAAAGCCAAGGACAGAUUUCUGUCCUGGUGAUUUGAGAAUGGCCGGGUAUUCGUCUCACUCUGCGUUUACUCCUUUUGUGCUCAUCGUGUCAUGUCAUGCUCACAGACGCUGAUGAAAUGGAAAACCUUUUCCAGGUAUAAGGCAGAGUCACUGCAGUUCCCUGACAUCAGUUCCAGAUUAUUGACCCUGGGACAGCAGUGUAACUAUAUGAAAUCAUGGCUGGUUAUAAACCUGUAGCGAUUCAGACAUAUCCUGUACUUGGUGAAAAAAUCACCCAAGACACUCUGUACUGGAACAAUUAUAAGACUCCUGUUCAGAUUAAGGAGUUUGGUGCCGUGUCCAAAGUAGACUUUUCUCCUCAGCCUCCGUAUAACUAUGCAGUCACAGCUUCUUCAAGAAUCCACAUUUAUGGCCGAUACUCUCAAGAACCUAUAAAAACCUUUUCCCGUUUUAAGGACACAGCAUACUGUGCUACUUUUCGACAGGAUGGCCAACUGCUUGUUGCUGGCAGUGAAGAUGGUGUGGUUCAACUUUUUGAUAUAAGUGGGAGGGCUCCCCUCAGGCAGUUUGAAGGCCAUACAAAAGCAGUUCAUACAGUAGAUUUUACAGCUGACAAGUAUCAUGUGGUCUCCGGAGCUGAUGAUUAUACAGUUAAAUUUUUAAACCUUUUGUCUUAUGUAUAA